AGCAGUGACAUAGAAGGGUGGAGGCGUAAACCUAAAACCGGUCCCACAUCAGGAAACCCGGAUAAUACCGACAGGACUCACUCCAACACAGAGCAACCUGCUGACUCCAUCUGAAUCACAUUCCAUCAUGUCCGACUUUAUCUCUGGCGUCAGCUAUGACGAAUGCAAGACCACAGCUGAUUGGCUGCUGUCAAACACACAGGUGCGGCCGAUUGUGGGAAUCGUGUGCGGUUCAGGCCUGGGAGGUCUGGCUGAAAUGAUCAAGGACCCGCAGAUCUUCAAAUACAGCGAUAUUCCCAACUUCCCCCGGAGUACAGUGCAUGGUCAUGCUGGCCGGCUCGUGUUUGGAACACUAAAAGGGAAGCCAUGUGUAUGCAUGCAGGGCAGGUUCCACCUGUACGAGGGCUACCCCAUCCAGAAGAUCACAUUGCCCAUGCGCGUCUUCAAGCUGAUGGGCGUAGAGACGAUGAUAAUGACCAACGCAGCCGGAGGCCUCAACCAGGACUACAAAGUGGGGGACAUCAUGGUCAUCAAGGACCACAUCAACAUGCCAGGGUUUGCUGGGGUCAACCCACUGUGUGGACCCAAUGAUGACAGGUUUGGCUUGCGUUUCCCCUGCAUGUCUGAUGCCUACGACCGCAAACUCCGGCAGCUGGCGCACGACGUGGCGGCAGAGCUGGGCUUUAGUGAAUUUGUGCGCGAAGGUGUGUACUGCGUCCUCGGAGGCCCCUCCUUCGAAACCAUCGCCGAGUGCCGCAUGCUGCACAUGCUAGGCGCUGAUGCUGUCGGGAUGAGCACAGUACACGAGGUGAUCGUCGCCCGCCACACCGGGAUGCGCUGCUUCGCCUUGUCUCUGAUCAGCAACCGCGCAGUGAUGGACUACGACAGCCACGAGAAGGCAAACCACGAAGAGGUCCUGGAGACGGGCAGGCUGAGGGCCGAGCAGAUGGAGAAGCUGGUGUCCACCAUUGUGGCUCAGCUGGAGCACAACAUCAAUAACUGAUAGAUGACCUGGUGGCCACCAUCACUGCACUUGAUCUCUGCAUCACAGCUAGAGGAUUUCUAUCAAAACGCUUAAAGAAAAAAGCAAUUUUUAAAGCACAAUGCUUGUAGUAUGAUGAACUGCUUUCUUAGCAAAAACAUUUUAGUCUUAUGAGCUUGGAAACUGGUCCACACAUGAGCUUUGUUUACAUUUACACUGUACAGAUACUGUUUUAGGACAAAAGUUCUCAACUAUUUCCUGUUGUAGUAUACUGUACUCUAUACUGUACUCUGCAAAGGGAUUCAGUGAAACAGUAUCGUGUUAUGAAACCUAAAUUAUUAAUCUAUUUAUUCUCUCAUUCUCUUACAUUCCCUCACGUCAACUAUUCGCUAAUAUGAAAAACAAAUGAUGUUCACAUUUUUUUUAUUUAAGAGGACCAACUCAUUCAGCAUACGUUCCUGUCAAAUUGACAAAAGUGGUAAUAAUGUUCCU